CCAUUUUUUCUCAACACUUCUUUUUACAGACAGCAAAAGGGCUAAUUGCUAGUCUACUUGAAAGAUAGAAAUAUGGCUAUGGACCUUGAGCUUGAUGAUGAUGUAUUCUUUGCACGCAUACGCAAACAGAUCAAUCUCUUAAUCACAGAUGAAGAUGAAAAUAACCCUAUCUCACUUUCCUCUUCUGUUUCUUUUCAGAGUUUGUUCAGCGAAAACUACCAAACAUUAGCAACACCAUAUAUGAUGUACCAUGUGCAGAAUUACAACCUAAUUAGAGAGAGAAAAGGGACAGGAGUGUUCAUCCCGAGAUGUUCUCAGCCAAGAAAGAAACAAAAUAAUCAUCCUCAUCGGAAGAAGCAAGGGAGUUUCGGUUCCCUCGUCCCCAAGCAACAGUUUCCUCAUUAUGUUUAUGACAAUAACAACUCCACAACUCUCAACAAUAACCAGGAACCCAUCACCCUUCAUCAUGCAGCUUCAACUAAUCCAAGAAGAACCUUCAGAGAUGCAGCAUAUCUCUUUACUUAGCCUCAAAUCAAGAUUCAAGAAAUGGAUUUUGUGUCAUUAACUAUAUAACUGAUUAUUCAUAUUCAUAGAUUUGAUGUUUGUAAAAUCAGCAAAUAAUAAGAAUGAAGGAGGAACCAUCAAUCCAAAUGGAUUUGGUGCAAUUUAUGCAACUCUAUACAGAAAUUUAUUCA